AUGGAGCUCCCCUUCCCGCCGGUCUCUCGCGAGGAGGACGUCCAGGCCCGUGCUCCGCGCUAUCCCGGCGAGGAUACCAAGCCCACCACCCGCCGAGAGAUCUGGGGUUGGUACGCCUAUGGCAUCGCCGCUGAAGUCUUCGCCGUCUGCGGUGUUGGCUCCUUCCUCCCCCUCACCCUCGAGCAAUUGGCCCGCGAGCGUGGAUUCCUGCAGACCAGCCAUCUGCCGUGCGUUGGUCCGGGCUCGCCCUCUGCGACCGGCGAGGACAACGAUGAACAGUGCGUGGUUCCCCUGAUGGGACUGCAGAUCAACACCGCCAGCUUCGCCAUGUACACCUUCUCGCUGGCGGUUCUCGUGCAGGCGUUGACCCUGAUCUCGUUCAGCGCAUUGGCCGACUAUGGUAUGCCAUCCGCCUCACAAUCCCCAACCCAGCCGCUGCUAACCAACCAACCACCCAACCAACCAGGCAACAAUCGUAAGACCCUGCUCCUGAGCUUCGGCUUCCUCGGGGCCUUCACCAGCAUGCUGUUCGUCUUCGUCACCCCCUCGGUCUUCCCCCUCGGGGCCGUCCUCGUCGUGAUCGGGGUGGUCUGUCUGGGCUCGUCGUUCGUGGUGCUGAACUCCUUCCUGCCGGUCCUCGUCGCCAACGACCCCUCCAUCGAGCACGAGACCAAGGAAUCCGAGGAACUGCACUCCCUCAACACGGACAGCGACGGCCACUCCCGCACGUCCGUCGACCUGGAAGAGCUUCCGCGUCUCCGACCCGCCACCGACGCGGGCACCUCGCCCGAGCUGCAACUCUCCACGCGGAUCUCCUCCCAAGGCGUCGGGCUCGGCUACUGCGCGGCCGUCUUCGUGCAGAUCCUCAGCAUCCUGCUCCUCUUCGGACUGUCCAAGACCUCGCUGCCCCAAAUCGCGCCGACACUGCCGCUCCGCUUCGUCCUCCUGCUGGUGGGGGGGUGGUGGUUCCUGUUCACCCUCGUCAGCCGCAGCUGGCUGCGCAACCGGCCGGGCCCUCCACUCGAAUCGACCCACGGGCUCUCGCGCCCCCGCGCCACUCUGCACCUCAUCACCUUCGCCUGGAAAUCCCUCUGGCACACGACCAAAAUCGCCUUCCAACUCCGGGAGGUCGUCCUCUUCCUCAUCGCCUGGUUCCUGCUCUCGGACGCGAUCGCCACCGUCUCCGGCACCGCCAUCCUCUUCGCGCGCACGGAACUCAAAAUGAGCACCACAUCCAUCGCGCUCCUGUCCAUCACGGCCACCGUCUCCGGCAUGUCCGGCGCCUUCCUCUGGCCGCUGGUCUCGCGGCACUUCGGCCUGAAGUCGAACCACACGAUCAUGCUCUGCAUCGCGCUGUUCGAGCUCAUCCCCCUCUACGGCAUGCUGGCCUACAUCCCGCUGUUUAAGAGAUGGGGCGUCAUCGGCCUGCAGCAGCCGUGGGAGAUCUAUCCGCUGGGCGUCGUGCACGGCAUCGUGUCGGGCGGGUUGGCGUCGUACUGUCGCUCGUUCUUCGGGCUGCUGAUUCCGCCGGGCAGCGAGGCCGCGUUCUACGCCCUUUACGCGGCCACGGAUAAGGGCAGCUCGUUUAUCGGGCCGGCCAUUGUGGGUGGUCUGAUUGAUGCGACGGGGCAGGUCAGGUCCGGGUUCUUUUUCAUUGCGGUCCUGAUCGUUCUCCCGAUUCCGCUGGUGUGGAUGGUUGAUGCCGAGAAGGGACGCCGGGAGGGCGUGGCCGUGGCGGAGAAGUUGGAUGGCGAUGGGGAUGUCGAUGGGGAUUGGGAGAGAGGCGAGGAGGGAGAGGGGUUGUUGAGGGGGUAG